CAAGCGUUAAGUUUCAAAAUAAACAAAUUAAUGUAACAAUUUUUCCCAAUUAACCCUAGGAAACACAUCGGUAGGCAGUCUCUGCUGAAUUUACAUUAGCAACUUCUAUUGCCGUUUGAAAUUUACGGCAACUCAUAUCAUUCAAAUAACAUAACAUUAUAUAAGUCCAAAUUUGCUUAUAAAAAAAUAUAAGUCCAAAUAAUUCUUCCAGCAAGAAAAGAAAAUCUAAAUCAUUUCUAAAUAAAACAAAACAAAUAAAAGAACCACAAAUUUAUACUUGUACAAGAAACAUAACAUUACACAGCAUAAGCGUGCUAGCUCCCUCCUCCUCUUGGAAUCGUGUAAUCUGCUCUUGGGCCCCCAAGCCCCGGCUUGGUUAGUAAUAUUAUCAGGCUUAUUGACCAAAAAAAUGUACACAGGAUCGAGAACACAGAGAAGAUUUAUACUUGUACAAUAGCAGCAAGAUUUUAUUAGGCAUAAUUUUUUUAUGCUUGUACAACACUAGCAAGACUUUGGUUGGUUGGUAAUCUUGAUUAGUCAUAAAAAAUAGUGAUUGAUUUCAUAAGCAUACAAUUUGGUUUGACAAAAAAAAAAAGCAUACAAUUUGGUUUGAUUAGCUCUUGAUUAGGCAUAAAAAAUAAUACAGACCAUAACGUGCCCAUUGAUUGAUUUCAAUUAAAAGUUUGUUGAUGGUUAGGGAAAAAUGUGCUCUGAAGGGUUAAGAAGUGCAUAAAAAGAAAAAAGGAGACAGAUGAAUCAUACACAGAGUAACAAAAUGAUCUGAAGAGUUAGAUGUAUGAGAAUAGCUAAUAGAAAUUGACAUAGGAAGAAGACCAAAAUGAUCACACACAGUACCCCCUUCCAAUCUGGGUGACAUUUUCCACAUGAGAACUUUUAAUCUAGUUCCUAGCACACUCAUGCAACAAUCUUGACGCAACAUGAACACAACAGGUUUAAGCUCACUCAGGCAUGAAAGUAGAAAUUACAAAAUCAAGAAUCUUAUCACACAAGUACAUCAAAUCCACAAGACUGAGUAAAAGGAAUCAUCAUUUGUGGUAAUUGAUAGGAAAUCAAACACAGAAAAACAAUGCACCCUGACCCACCCGCAGCAAGAACCUUGAUUCCGCCGAGUAAAGGAAGAAGAAGAAAAUUGAAGGAAAGAAAGAAUCAGGUAUGGUUUCGAUUUCGGUAAUCCAAUCCAAUAUAGAAGAAGAAAAUACCAAAAUGCAGUAAUAAAUCAAAGAAUCAGACCGACAGACCCACCCGCCACGGAGAACCACCGCGUAUCUUGGACGAGUCAACUAAGAAGCAAGUAAAGAUGCGGUCAAAGGAAGCUGAACUCAAGCUCAAGUCACGCAAAGCCAUUGUCUUAGAGCCGGGUAACCCAUCUAUGAAGAGCCAGAUAAAGGCAUUAGCUGCUGUGGAGGAUAGCGAGAAUGAAGGGCGGGAGGAAGAGGUUACGACAUGCGUCUACUAGUGAGGAUCCAGCGGAUCGACACGAGCGCUUGCAUGCUUCUACCAGGCGCGGCGACCAUAUUGCAUCCUCUCAGGCGGUAGAGGCUUCAGCACUGUCUCUAGCUCCGUCAGCUACUCCGGCCGGGGCUCCGUCUGCUUCUCAGGAUGCGGCUGAGCUGGAUCCUACUCCGAUGUCUCCGAUGGCUGAGUUACCUCGUCAGGAGACAUCUGGCGAGUCUUCUUCUUCUGAGCCUAGUGGCGAGGAGUCUUAUUCCGAGGCUAGUGGUGAGGCUAGUGGUGAGGAGGAGGAGCCUCUUAUUCUCCAGGAGGAGAUUGAUGCUGCUGAUGUCGUGCCAGAGGAUGUGGCUCAGGGCGGUGUGGAUGACCUCAUCCAGAGGGUGGCACCGUUUCCCGGGGGGCCUGAGGAUCUGUCGCUUCUUGCGCAUUAUCCCGACCACAAGGCUCCCUGGACGUGGCAGGCACUUCUACGCACAGACCCACGGUACGAUGACUGUCGGACACUGAGGGUGGCCACUGUUGGGGGGAAGGUAUGGAACCUCCCCUGUGAUAGCGAUUCAGAGGCCCAUACACAUGUGCGACAGCUGCUGCAGCAGACGGGUUUGUAUCACCUGCCUUGGUGCGGGUUACCGGAGACAGACCCACCUCUCAUACUGGCCCUUGUUGAGAGAUGGCAUGAGGAGACGAGUAGCUUCCACAUGCCGUUCGGGGAGAUGACUAUCACCCUGGACGACGUGUCGGCUCUUCUCCAUCUUCCCACGGGGCUCUUCUCCAUCUUCCCACGGGGUCGAGGUUCUACACUUCGGGCAGGGGGGAGCGAGAUGAGUGUGCAGCGCUCUGCCCCCAGCUCCUGGGAGGAUCUGUUGCUGAUUAUCUUGUUGAGUUUGAGGCGGCGGGUGGCCAGAAUAUCCGGUUCCUUACUAUGAAGGCCAUGUAUACGUCUGCCUUGGAUGAGCACCGCUUUGAGGAUGCUGCUAGGAUCUGGCUGGUGAACCAGCUUGGUGCCACCUUCUUUGCCAGCAAAAGUGGGGGUUACCACACUACUGUCUACUGGAUCAGGAUGCUGGAGGACCUCGGUCGCGUGUCGGAGUGCGCGUGGGGUGCGAUUGCGCUGGCAUCGUUGUACAAGCAGCUUAGUCGUGCGUCCCGCAGGAAGACGGCCCAGAUCGGAGGGUUCACCUCCCUCUUGCUGUCAUGGGCGUAUGAGUACAUAUCCAGCAGCGUCAUUAUCAGGACGGAGGUACCCGGCUACACACAGGACCAGCCUAGGGCGCAGCGGUGGUCCACGUCCCGGAUCGCGCAUUCCGGACUCGAUGAGAGACGAGUCAUGCUGGAUGAGCUUACAUUGGAUGAUAUCACAUGGACCCCAUUUGAGGACCAUCGGGCUGUUCGACCGCGGGAUCCCAGGGCCCUCUAUUCCGGCUACAUCAGGACACCUUACGGCCGGUCUGUGAGCCGACAUCUACCGGAGAGGGUUAUGCGCCAGUUUGGCUACAUCCAGGACAUGCCUCGACACCCCUCUGAGAUCCAGACGACGGGGUCCCUUGCCAAGACCGCAGAUGCUGCCUAUGCUGAGUUUGAGCCGCACCUCCGCCCUCAGGGGAUCCCUACUACAUAUCCGGGAGAGGCGGUGGAGGGUUACAUGAGGUGGUAUAGUAGAGUGUCCCAUGUGUUCAUCAUCCCUGAGGAUAGGAGGGAGGAGCUUAGUGUCGUGUCUGCUAUACGUAGGGGUGUGGAGUUGUUGGAGCAGUCACUGGAGGUGCCAGGUGCUCUUGCUCUAGGGACACAGCCCCGAAUCCUCACUGAGAGGGCACUCGAACUCUUUCGACGGAGUUCCUUAGUUGCUAACACACAAUCAAGUAUUGAAUCAACCACUCAGCCUGAGAGGAAUACGUCUUAGAUAACAAUGAAUCAUGCUCAGCAUCCGAUGACGAAUCGUGGGUUUAUGGUUUGGUCUUAGCAGCUUCCUCUUGGCCCUAACAUGAAGUUCCAGAACCCUAUGAAACCUAACUACCCUGCCUCCAUACUCGAACGAAGUAAUUGGGAUGGGAAGAAGAUUACACGCAAGGACCCAAGGAAAAUGAAAAAGCCAAAUCGAAGCACCUUCUUCAAUAGCAGCAUUAGUUACCAUGUAGGGGAGGAGGAGAAGGGUGGGGAAGGAGGGGGAAGUGGUGAGGAGGCCAUGUAGGAUAAGUGAUUUGUUAUGUAGGAUGUUGACGACUAGGAUAAAAUAUGGAAAUGUAAGCACUAAAUAGUGACUAAGAGCAUGUUGUUCAUCUCCAAAAUCAAUUCAACUCCUACGAAAGCUACUAGGAAAAGUUUCUCCAACAUUCAAUUCUCCUUUCAACGUGAAAAAUCAUCAGGUAUCCAAAUACAUGCACUGAACGCAACCUCCCUUACCAUACAUGUGAUCAAAUCUUCCCUUAAGUACUAAAUAUUUUAUGUGCCCUCGAACCUUUAAUUAUCUAUUAAACUAUAAGAGCAUGUUGAUUCACAUUCA